GUCGCUGCUGAAUCUCCGACCGCCCGCAUAGAGACAGAGUUAAAGCCCCGCCCGUCCUGUGUUCACGUAUUAUCGGUUAACGGGAGCCUAAACUUCAUACUUAUUCCGCCUGAGAGCUUAGUAGACAGUCUGUUUACACGUUAAAAAUUAACCGUGAUUCAAGAAACACUAUGCUGGGACGUUGUCGGACUCCUAUUAGCAUUAGCUUAGCCGCUGCCUGUUAGCCCAAAGUAAGCAGACUGUUUUUUUUCCCUGAGGUAGGUUGUACCUUUGUAAUCUAUAAUGGGUGUAUACCGGUGUGAUAAACUGAUAAAAUCUCCUGAUAAACCGGGUAGUGUAUGACAUCAAGAAGAAAAAAUCGGUUCCUGAGGUCGGAGGAACAACGCAGCUUUCUUCGGACACGGAAACAACUCGAGCCCGAGGCUCCAGAAAGCGGCCUAAGACAACAGACUUCUUUCUGAGACUUCAGAUAAGAGUUCGGUUUCACGUAGCGGCUCGAAAGCAGUUAGGAGAAAUGCUCGACGUCUGACAGAAGCUGUUGAAUGCGUUUUAAGCGGUUUUAAAACUACACAAUGGCGUCUUACGUGGAUAGCAGUUUCCGUCAGGCAAUUAUGAAGAACCCCAGUGAAAGAACGCAACAGGAUCUUCAGAUCGUCUACUCAUACCUGCAUGGGAUGGAAGCGCUGUCUAACCUGAGAGAACACCAGCUCAGGUUGAUGUGUGAAACAGUUCGCUAUGAGCAUCAUGAAGCCAAUGAGGUUUUAUAUUACCCUGACGACAUCGGGACCUGCUGGUACAUCUUACUGUCUGGCUCGGUUUUCAUUAAGGAGUCCAUGUUCCUUCCACGCAGCAGUUUUGGGAAACGUUCUGCGGGGAGUUUGCGGCGAGGCUGUGAGUGCAUCGUACUCGAGGCCUCUGAAAUGAUCGUGGUGGACUAUAUGGAGGACAGUGAGGAGUACUUUCACAGGCAGGCAUCACAUCGGCAGUCCAGGAGAAGGUUUCGGAAAAUAAAUCAACGUGGAGAGAGGCAGACCAUCAUCGACACGGUCGAGCAUUAUCCAGUUAACAAGCCUCCUCUUCCUCCAGGAUAUCACACGGAAUCUUCCAAAUCUCAGCUUCCUGCGGAUUUCACUAAGCUCCACCUCUCAGACGGUCUGCACCUCCACAUGUCCUCGAGUCAGUCUCGAUCCAGCAUUGCUAGUGACUCAGGAAGCAGCAGCCUAUCAGAUAUUUACCAGGCUACAGAGAGCGAUUGCGGCGACGUGGAUCUUAGUGGAUUGCCGGAGACGGCGGUGGAUUCGGAUGACGAUGACGAUGAUGAAGAAGUGGGGAGAUCGGCGGACCCCCUCAUGAGCCGAGACAUUGUGAGGGACUGCCUGGAAAAAGACCCUGCAGACCGUACAGACGAUGACAUCGAGCAGUUACUGGAGUUUGUGCAGCAGCUCCCAGCCUUCUCAAGCCUCAGCGUGUCUGUGAGGCGAGCGCUGUGUGCCGUCAUGGUGUUUGCCGUGGUGGAGCGUGCCGGAACUAUUGUGCUGAACCACGGCGAGGAGCUGGACUCAUGGUCAGUAAUCCUGAACGGGGCCGUGGAGGUGAUUUAUCCGGAUGACCAGUGCGAGACUGUAGGGAUGGGUGGCAGCUUUGGCGUCUCUCCCACCAUGAAGAAAGAGCUGAUGGUUGGUGUCAUGAAGACUAAAGUAGAUGACUGUCAGUUUGUGUGUAUAGCGCAGCAAGACUACUGCUGCAUCCUGAAUCAGGUUGAACUGAACACACAGCGUGUGGAGGAGGAGGGAGAGAUUGUAAUGGUGAAAGAACACAGAGAACUCGACCGCACAGGAACCCGCAAGGGACACAUUGUUGUUAAGGGCACCCCGGAGCGGCUCAUUCAACAUUUAGUAGAGGACCAUUCUGUGGUAGACCCAACAUACAUUGAAGACUUUCUGCUGACCUACCGCACCUUCGUGUCCAGUCCUCUUAUUGUGGGCCAAAGACUUUUGGACUGGUUCAAUGACCCCAGUUUACGUGACAAGGUGACACGGGUCGUGUUACUUUGGGUUAACAAUCACUUCAGUGACUUCGAGGGAGAUCCGGGUAUGACGGCCUUCCUGGAGGAGUUUCAGAAUAAUCUAGAAAAAGAAAAAAUGAGCGGCCAGUUGAGAUUGCUCAACAUCGCAUGCGCCGCCAAGGCUAAGUCCCGAAUAGUUACCAUCACAAGGCCUUCUCGAGAGCAGCCCCUCCCCUUUACGCUAAUGGGCGGUGCUGAGAGAGGAACACACCUGUUCAUUAGCUCUGUAGAUGCGGGCAGCAAGGCAGAGGAGGCGGGGCUUAAGCGUGGGGACCAGAUCUUGGAGGUGAAUGGGCAGACGUUCGAGAAUGUACAUUUGUCCAAAGCCACCGAGAUUCUCAAGAACAACAUUCAACUGUCCAUGAGUGUCAAGACCAACCUUCUGGUCUUUAAGGAGCUGGUGGCACGAAUGGCAGAGGAACUGAAAAACGGGGUUCCUCACCUUCCUAAGAUCGGUGAUGGAAAGAAAAGCCCGCGCUACUCCGUCCCCGAUCUUGGAGUCGAUGCUGGGUUCGUGUCUCAAGAGAAGGUCAGCAAAAAGGCUAAAGCUCACACAAUGGGUGGCCGCAACAAACUGAUGAAGAUUCUGGACAAAACGCGCAUCAGCAUUCUACCUCAAAAACCAUACAGUGACCUCGGACUGGGGCAGACCCAGGAUGACAGCAUCGUAGGCUUAAGGCAGGCCAAGCAGGCGCCGCCCACCACGACAAUAACUGGAAGCUUGUCAUCUAGCAACCCUGACUUGGCACAGGGCCAACAGCGCAUCAUCGACUACAGCAUGCAACCACCUGCACCUGGAUUCACUCAGCUACAAGAUCAGGUCCUGCGAGUGUUCAAGGCUGAUCAACAGAGUCGCUACCUGCUGAUAAACAGAGACAUGACUGCAAGAGAGGCGGCCAACCAGGCGAUCCGCGAGUUCGGCCUGACCGCGGGCCCUGAAGCAUAUUCACUGUGCGAGGUGUCCGUUACACCAGAGGGUGUCACCAAACAGAGGAGACUUCCAGAUCAGCUCAAUAAACUGGCUGACAGGAUUCAGCUCUGUGCAAGGUACUACCUUAAGAGCAACAUGGAGACAGAGACGCUGUGCUCGGAUGUGGAGGCCCAAGAACUGCAACGAGAAUCUCAGGUUUAUCUGUUAUCUCUGAGCUCGACGGAAAUAGCCAAUCAGCUCUCAGCACGCAACUACACGCUCUUCGCCAGCAUCGAGCCCACUGACUACAUCACAGACCUCUUCAAGCUGCGUCCACAUGAGCCUCCAGGCAACCUUCGCAACUUCGAAGACCUGGUCAACCAGGAGACCUUCUGGGUCGCCACGGAGAUUCUGCGGGAAUCCAACCAGACCAAAAGGAUGAAGAUCAUCAAGCACUUCAUCAAAGUUGCCCUUCAUUGUCGUGAAUGCAAAAACUUUAACUCCAUGUUCGCAAUAAUCAGUGGGCUGAAUCUUGCUCCUGUGUCGCGUUUGCGGGCUACAUGGGAACGUCUGCCUGCUAAAUACGAAAAGCUGUUUGCCGAACUGCAGGAGGUCUUUGACCCAUCGCGCAAUAUGGCCAAAUACCGCAACCUACUGAACAAGCACAAUCUCCAACCACCCAUCAUUCCUCUUUUCCCUGUCAUAAAAAAAGAUCUCACCUUCCUCCACGAGGGUAAUAACUCUAAAGUGGACGGAUUGGUCAAUUUCGAGAAACUGAGAAUGAUCGCUCGAGAGAUCAGGCACGUGGUUCGAUUGGCGUCGGUCACCAUGGAUCCAGCGCUACUUUUCAGGACGAGGAAGAAAAAAUGGAGGAGUCUUGGGUCUCUGAGUCAGGUGAGCAGCUCCUCGUUGUCUGACGGGACGGUGGGUCACAGGCGGAGAGGCAGACGGAGCUCCUUCCUCAGUGCCAAAAAGCUCUAUGAGACAGAGUUAAUGAGCAGACGAGUGCGCCAGUACCUUGACAUGCUCACAUACGAGAGUGAUGAAGAAACUUUACAUGACCUAUCGCUGCAGUGGGAGCCUGCCAACAACACGGCGCAUAAGAGCAGUGUGGAAAAAAGGCGAGUCGACGCAUCUCCAGCAACGCCAAGAAGCCCCACUCCAAAGAAUAUUCCUCGAAAGAAGCCGCCACCAAAAGAGGCUUUUGCUGCACAUACACCCGGGUCUCACCAUGCAGAAGAGGGCCAGGACAGACAGAGAAGACCACAGGAAGACAGCCAAUCAAAUGCUUCCUCUCUCAGAUCGUCCCCACCCACUUUCACUGGCAACUCAUCCAGAAAAGGACCAGAUCAUCUGAGUCUACUGAGUUCCUCAUCAUCUGACCUGAUCACAGCAGACGUCCACAUCCACCCCCACACACACGCCCUGUCUCACACACGCACAUGCUCACAGACUCCUCACCCAUACCGGACAGAGCUAGAUCAAAUCAGUCUCGGAUCUUAUUCAUUGACCCAGGACCAGUGUGACCGUGCCUCGUUGGAUGCUGCCGACAGUGGGCGGGGCAGCUGGACCUCCUGCUCCAGUGGCUCUCAUGACAACAUCCAGAGCAUCCCUCAGCGCAUUGGCUACUAUGACAGCCGCAGCUGGGAGACACUGUCGGAGGGGCCUGGCAUUGGGCGGAGCCAAUCUGCCACACCACUUGGCUACUGGGCUGAUGAAUCGGAGGGUGACACGGGCACGAUCAAGCGGCGAGGGGGAAAGGACGAAGUGCCGAACGUGCAAAAAAGCACCACGAGUCGGAGGGAGGGGAAUUUCAGAGAGCCUCCACCCACUCCACCUGGGUACACUGCUCGGUCCUUGGCUGAGGUCGAGGAACUCGGUCAUAAUAACCAUAAUCUAAUCCACAGUCACACUCAUGGCCGACGCCCACCUGAUUACAACACAGCCUUGCAGAGGUCCCGCCUUAUUAAGAGGUCAUUGGAUUUAGAACCUCCACCACAGCCACGCCCGCCCACCCGCAUGCAUGGAUACACUCACUGUCCUACGCCACGGCGACCACCUUGUGAUGAAAAUGAGCAAAUAUCUGCCGUGUGAGAACUCCGCACACAGCCACGCUUUAGUCAUCUGUUCAGAACUGUAACCACACAAAGCUUCUCAAAACCAAACUGUCUCAACUCUCUGCUCCUGCUGUCCUCUGAAUGGAUUUAACAGCUGUCAAUCAAAUUCCAAAGCAAGUGGGAACAGUGUCCGUGAUGAAGAGGCAACAACAAACACAACACGUCGUUGUUCGUUUUUUUUUUUUUUUUUUUUUUUAAUUGCUCUUGGUUUGAAAUCACUGUGAGAACCACAACAAAGAUGUUUUGGCACUUUGAUAAAAAAUGAAGGAAAAAAGACAGCUUGAACAAAAGCUUAACAUAUACAUACGCUCAUCUUUUUAUGGAAACAGUGUUAUUUUAAUUGUUGUCUGAAGUCUUGAGUGUGUGUGUGUGAGUGUGUGUGAGUGUGUGUGAGUGUGUGUGAGUGUGUGUGAGUGUGUGUGAGUGUGUGUGAGUGUGUGUGAGUGUGUGUGAGUGUGUGUGAGUGUGUGUGAGUGUGUGUGAGUGUGUGUGAGUGUGUGUGAGUGUGUGUGAGUGUGUGCGAGUGUGUGUGUGUGUGUGUUUGAGUCAGUGUGUGAGUGAGAAAAAGCUGCGCAAUAGACCUCAAACAACUCAGUGUUGCCAUCAGUAUUCAGUCUGUCUUGUUACUUUUUUGUGAUUUUAAUUGUCUGUUCAGUUUUAUCUCACACUGAUUUCUAAAUGCACUCUCAAGCAUUGUCGUCAUUUUAAUUCAUUUCAAUCAUGUUUUUAUUAUUGAAACAAAUUUCAUUCCUGUUGCACAAAUGGAGAAAGUGUAUUAAAAAAGAACUAAAGGUUUGCUACUUGUUAUGAAAUGGUUAUCACAUAGCUACUUUCAUAAUUAAAUAUGACAAGAGAUGCAGCCUAGGUCUUCAUUUCCCUGCCUGAACCUUUUCAUACCACAUGUAUUUCUAUGUCUUUUAAAAAGACAGCUGUCUGUAUCACAUUUUGUAUUUUUAAUACAAAAAAUGUAAAUAUUGGUUAUAUUUUGUUUAAAAUUGCAGAGCGCUAUAUACUGUUGCAGGUAACAUUCAGCCACAAUGAGUUUGAAUGGCCAAUAAAUAAAUACUGUAGCAAUGA